ACAGAUCAUCUGUCAUCCUUGUGACUUGACAUCAAGUAUAAAAGCAGGGCUCUUUCUGGAACAUCACAACUUACCUCUGAGAUUCUGAAAGCAGCGAUCUGAAAACCAAGGUUCAUCAUGGCGAUGUUGGGAAGUCUGCUGCUUCUUUUCAUUGUGUUCUCUGUGGGGAAUGCCAAUGUUGAUAUAGAUGAAAAAUGCCCCUUUGGAUGGACCAAUUUUGGAGUCCGAUGCUAUAAGUUCUUCUCUCAGUCAGCAACCUGGAUCGCAGCAGAGAAAAGCUGCUUGAGUCUGGAUGCAAAUCUUGCAUCUGUGCACAAUAAACUGGAAAAUGAUUUUCUGCUGAGUCUGGUGCCUAGCUCAUCCCGUUGUUGGAUUGGUGGUCAUGAUGGAGUACAAGAAGGACAGUGGGUGUGGAGUGAUGGUACUCCAUAUGAAUACACCAGCUGGUGCCCAACCGAACCUAACAAUCUGGGUACUGAGAACUGUGGAGAGAUCAACUGGACCUCUAACCGUUGCUGGAACGAUGCAUCCUGUGCAACCUCAAUGCCCUAUAUUUGUGCUAAAGACCUGUAAGAUCACGCAGUCAUCCUGCCCCACAGUUACUUUGACUGCAUUUAUUUUUACAAUUUCUGAUCUUGACAAGUGUUUUUAACUUUAAUCGAUUUUCAGUACUGAGACUCUAAUCAUUAAAUGCAUUAAAACAAA